UUUCUUCAUCGGUUUGACUUUUGCUGUGCAUUUCACGCUUUUGCGAGUUCUUAACUCCUUUGAAUAGCUUUCUCUCGCGCUUUGCUCGGACAAAGUUCUAAAGUCUUUGCCGGCCUCUGUCGAGCAUAGGCGUUUUGAGUAUUCCGAAGUUUCUUCGCCGACUUUGGUGUAAAGCUCUGAUAAUCUUCCGCUCUCUGCCUCUUUAAAGAACCGGUCGACGUGGUUGAAAUCGGCUGUAUUUGUUACCCCCCUCAGCACAUGCACUGACUUUCCAAGCAGAGCACGAAUCUGUAGUCAUGUUUGAAGAUCAGAACGAAAGUUAAAACAAUCAGGCAUUGGAAGCAAACGAGAAUGGACUGGAUCUAUUAUUCCCAUCAACCCUCGUUAUCAGAGCCCGCGUUAUUUGAAGAAAAUAUGGCGGAACUGUGUGGGUUAAGAGGUAAACAAGUUUCCUGUGAUGUUUGUGGGGUAACUUUGCCUUCAGCUUCGCUUCUCCCAACCCACAACAAUGGCAAAAAACAUCAAAGGAUGCUGAAGUUAAAAGAAGGGAGAGAACGUUCUUGUAGAAAUAGCAUUUAUGUGCGAGGUUUUCAAAACUCAGGAUCCAUAGAAGAAGAUUUAGCAAAAUACCUCAGUGCAUAUGGAAAAGUCUCAAACAUAUUCUUGGAUAAAGAUAAGGGUGUUUUUGCAAUAGUGGAGUUUUCUAGUGAAGAAAGUGUUGCAAAAAUGCUGAGUCAACUGGAGUCAUUACCACCUCUGCAUAAAAAACACCUUACAGUGAAAGAAAGGACUUUAACGAAAACUGGCUUUCAAUUUAAAAUGCAAAAACCUAUAAAGCGUGGUCAUGAUGACUCUGAGCAAUACCACUGUGGGCAUUUGGGAAGCAAAGAGAUGGCAAAAUUUUUGUCAAAGGAUCUCAUUGUCAAACUGAAUUCGUUGAUGAAGGUGGAUGAACAAGUGAACAUUUUGAUGCAGCAAUUGUGUCUCAGUGAUGAAGACAUCAAAUUAAGAAGACUGGUUUGUCAGCAGCUACAAGAAGUGUAGAGUGAAGUUUAUCCAAGAGCCUCUGUGGUGCCUUUUGGUUCAACUGUUACUGGAGUUGGAUGGAAGGGAAGUGACUUAGAUUUGUGUUUACUGACAUCU